AUGCCCCGACCACGGCAGAAGAUAGACAGCGCUUCACCAAGCCUCGGGAGUAAAGAAACGAUUCGCGAGGAAGGCGUCAAUACCCUAUUCGCCCAGUUGCUCCGAGACCAGGGCAUCUCUGCCCGCGCCGAGCGCCGGAGCCGCGGUACCACUCCCGACAUCCGCGUGACGCUGAAGACCGGCGACACAGUGUUGUUGGAAUGCAAGUGGGAGGAUUCCGUCAGCCAGUUGGAAAACCAGCUUGACACUCGCUUACAGCAAUUCCCGGACGCGUUGGGCGUUAUUGGCGUCCUCUAUCCCGAAGGUUUGAAAUUCCUGGACGAUACCCGCGAAGGCCUAGAAAACGCCGGCGAUCUCGAAUGGUGGCUCCACGGCUCUAAGGGUGCCCUCGCAACCGAACGCCUCUCCCGCUUCGGUUCUCCUGACGACAUCGCUGACCAGCUACGUGUGCUGGCGUUGGAACUCGAAGGCUCCGAUCGCGUUGUCGCGGCCGCUGGAGUCAUCGAACACGCGGUGGAGCAAUCGGCAAAGCAAUUGUCCGCACACGCUCGGAUUUCCCGGCGUGUCAAGGACAUGAUCGCCAAAACCGAUCAGGAGAAUGACCGCGAAAAGGCUUUGCGAAUCGGAUGCCUCGUGAUUUUCAACGCUCUGGCGUUCCACUUGCGACUCGCCUCUUCCAAUGAUGACGUCCCGACGGUGGCCGAAGCGUGGCGAGACGGUAUUCCUGGACUUUACCAAGCUUGGCGUUAUAUCUGCGACAACAUCGAUUACGUGCCCGUUUUUGACCUUGCCUCCGGCAUCCUGGAUAUUCUCAUCGACGGCCCGACUGAAUUGCAUGAACCGGUGCUCUCGCCCCUCCUCAAAGCGAUUGCAGAUACCAGCCAAUUGGAAGGACACGACCUAUCCGGGAGACUUUUUCACACGUUGCUCACGGACGCCAAGUUCACUGGCGCUUACUACACCUCUGUUCCGGCUGCCACUCUUCUUACACGGCUCGUGUUCCACGAUUGGCCAGUGGGCGUUGACUGGAGCGACCACGAAUUUCCUGCGUCGCUCAAUGUAGCCGAUAUCGCCUGUGGUACUGGAACGCUGCUGAUGGCCGUGGCCGCCGAAGCCGAACGCCGCCACACCGAAGCCGGUGGACAAAACGUUGCUGCGUUGCACAAAGCGAUGGUGGAGCAAGCCCUCCACGGCUAUGACGUCCAACUUUCAGCCGUACACUUCGCCGCCACCAGUUUGGCGAUGCUCAACCCGAGCAUCCAGUUCGACCGCAUCAACCUCUACGUUAUGCCGUUGGGAGCGGACGGUGACGACGUUUCUUUGGGUUCCUUGGAUUUCCUGGGAGAAAAUCAAGCCGCCGUCCAGUACGCCCUUUCCCCAGACUCUAUGGGCGGCAGCGGCCGAACGAUCCGCGACGCCGGUCGCGUGGCCGGCAGUGGUCCCAACGGAAACCGGGAGGCGGAACUUGCCACCCUCCCCGACUUGGACUUAGCGAUUAUGAACCCGCCCUUCACCCGUUCCGUGGGCGGAAAUCUCCUGUUCGGAAGCCUGCCCGCUCCGGAACGGCGCAAGUUGCAGAACGAACUAUCUCGUCGCCUCAAGUCUCGCCAGGCUACCGCUACCGCAGGCCUCGGAGCCGCGUUCGUGGCCGCCGCGUCCCCAAAGCUACGGCCCGGCGAAGGUCGUCUCGCCCUGGUACUGCCGGCCACCGUCUGCACUGGGCCAUCCUGGCAACAGACCCGUGCUCUUAUUGAGCGAGACUUCACGCUUGACGUGGUGGUCAUCUCCCACGACCCGCAACGCUGGAAUUUCUCAGAUAGCACCGACCUCUCCGAAGCUUUGCUCAUCGCCACUCGACGACAACCCGCCAACGGCAACGGAGACGCCCCCGAACACCGCACUACUUUCGUCAGCCUGUGGCAGAACCCUAGCGGCGUCCUCGACGCUCACCGCGCCGCCCAAGUUAUCAUCGACACCGCACCGGCCAACGUCGAAGCAACCGGCGCAUCCCUUCUGGAGGUGGAUGGCCGACACAUCGGUGAACUGCUAUCUAUUCCCGAAUCCCGGCUUAUUGGCAAGAAAUGGGCCGGAGUGCAGUUCGCCCGCGCUGACUUGACGCGCAGUUCCCUCCGCCUCUUGGACCACGGGGAAGUGUGGGUUCCCGGCGAAUCAACCACCGGCAAGAUCCCCCUCUGCCCGCUCGGUGAACUCGGGCAGAUCGGCCCCGAUCGGCGUCGACUGGUAGAUGGGUUCGACCGGACAACUUCCCAGACAGCCUACCCGAUGGUUGAAGGACACGAUACCGAGCAACGAAUGUCCCUCGCCUGUACGCCGGAUGCCUACUUGUCACCGUUAGUUAGUCCUAAAGGCGGACAGCGCCCGGGAUAUGGCGAUCACCUCUGGCAACAAGCCGGCCGUCUGCUGGUUGCCGAACGGCUUUGGCUGGAAACCACUCGAGUCAUCGCGAUGCGAUCUGAAGCACGGGUGCUAUCCAAUGUUUGGUGGCCCGUCAAGGUCGACGAUAUCUCGCACGAGAAGGCACUGGCAGUUUGGCUCAACUCCAGCCUAGGUCUGCUGACUAUUCUGGCGCAACGUACCAGCACCAGAGGUGGCUGGGUCGCGAUGAAAAAGGCGGAUCUGGAGGUGUUGCCGGUUCUCGACUCGCGAGCGAUGUCAACGGAACGGUUGCAAGCUUGCGCCGAACUGUUCGACUCAUUGAUUGAGGACGAAUUCCAGCGCCUUCCGGCUAUGACCGAUUGCCCGGUCCGCCAACGCCUCGACACCGGCAUCUCCAAAAUCAUGGGCCUUCCCGACCUUGAUGGGCUACGCCGCCUGCUAGCCUCGGAGCCAGUGGUUUCCAACCGUCGGUUAUGA